GACACUCCAGUUUACUACUUUCCGCUUUGAUUAAUAUCUUUUUUUUUUCAAAAAAGCAGCGAUUACUACGCCGCACACAUUCAAACCGAAUCACGUCAUUGGAUGGCGUAGGUUCUUUUUGAUCGCCUUAAAAGGAACAGAGGCAUUGCCGUAUCUUAGCCAUCUUGGCGACUUCCCCCUCUGCAACUCGUGGCAUAUUACGUCUGUCAGAAGCAUCGGCGAAGGUCAUGCGUAAUAGUCCGUCAGUCCCUCGACCCUUCCUUAAACCACCUCAGUCGUUCGUGUAAUUCGAAGGGUGAAGUGUUUGCUGAACAAAGGCCAUCGGAAGAACGCCGAAAUGGUUCUGCGUCUGCGCGCCAACCAACGGGCGUGCGACUUGGCACAGAAGCUGAACGAGGUCGAUGCGGCAUCGGACGUCCACGAAUUGGACCUCACAAACUGCAUUCUUGCGGACCCGGACGAACUGUCUACACACGUCGGCAGAUGCAGCGGCCUUCAGUGCUUACGCUGCGUCGCCUGCUCGCUAAAACCGAGCGACCUUUUCAGGCUGGUGCUGGAACGACUUCCGCGUCUGGCGCAAGUCGAGCUCUCACUCGUGGCAAAGGGGAGCAUGGAUUCCGAGAUCAGGAAGGUGCGUCAAAUGUUCUCCCAGGUGCAGGGCUCCCUGGCUGUCAACCUGCUCCACAUGUAUGCCGAAGUCGGUGGCUAUGAGAAUUUCGUGCUCCUCUCGCUAUUUCUGCGCUUCUGUCCGAACCUUACCAAUCUGCAUGUGCAUGUCGUGCACGGAGUCUUCUGGAACGCGCUCCUGGAGUGCCGCAACAUCCUCCAAGAGCACGUUCUCUUGCAAACUUUAACGUUCACCUCCGACUUGCCGGCCUCCAUUCAGCUUGAGCCGAGCGCGCCGUUCGAGUUCACGAACUGCGGGGCCAUCUGCGCCAACGUCAGCCACCAUAGACAGAGUGACUCGUGGAGCUGCACUCGACUCGUUGACCUCGCAGUCGGCAACCUGGAAAGCCUUACCCUACCGCCUCAGCUGGUCGUGUUUGCCGUCCAUGAAGCCAACCUUACGCCGGAUUGGAUCCGUCUAGCCACCAGUAGACAUGAUUGGACCCUCGUCCGCCAAUUCUGUUUACUGCUACACCCAGCGGACUCCGAUUCCGCCGCCUAUCCGACUGCAGGCGGCACUUACCGCGAAAGUCUGCGAGAAUUCUUCUCCACGGCAAUCCCCCACGUCGUCGAACUUAACGUAGGUUCGUUCCACUUCGGUGCUGACAACGACUUCACCGUACUGCUUCAAGAAGGAAGGCUUCAGUCCCUGAAGGCACUCUGUGUGCCUCCUUGCGGGCUUUGCCACCAAUCUGCGCUACGUCGACUGGCGCUAAGCUGCCCUAACCUCGAAGACUUGGACGUGCGCACUUACCGGCGGGGUAGCCUUGUCACGUGUGCCGCCUGCGAGGGUGGGUUCUGCACAGAGCCCGAAGAAGACACGAACGAAUCCCACACCAGUUCUCCCUUUAUUCGCAAUAAGCUUGCCAGGCUGACUUUGAGUGACGUGCCUAGGCUUAUCUCACUGUGGUUCCUCGAGCACUGCCGAGCCGUUUCACUGCGACUUGCCGACUGUCUUAGUCCCAUGCAAUGUGACUACGUCCGUCUGGGCGAGCUGCUCACCGACGCCUGGCCGCGCUAUCUCGUGCUUCGGUUGAACGCUCUACCGUUCACCGAGAGGUUUAUUCGGGAUACGUUAUCUCGCAUCACCAGCAUCCAGUACCUGUGCAUUAUUUCGGCGAUUCCCGUUGCAGAAGACGUGGCCGAAACGUGCGUGCGUAGCCUGACUGUAAGAUUGGCAAACCUGCGGUGCCUCCACGUCCACUACCGAAACGCUACCAACAGCCCCGAGCACCGCGUCACGUGGAUGCGGCAAGAGGGCGCUGUAGGCGGCGGCGUCGUGGUUCGCGACCGCCCGUGCUUCCUGUGUUCGACGGCCACGUUCAUAGGUCUCAUCAAACCGAGGAACCGUGACACAUUUCAGACAGUCCUAAGCUGAAGGCUGCCGUGCAAGUGAAAGUUUCUCAAGAUGGGCGAAAGUUAAAUUUACGCGUGUUUAUUAUUUCCUUAUCCACUUAAAUGUAUUUUCGAGUACGUAUGGCUUGUUCAUAGUUCCUGCUUUUCUUCAUUGUAUGUCGCAACGAUUCCCUACAUUUGGAUUGAAUCUUAUUGCUCUUAUAUUUUGUCACUUUUUAAAGGGUUAUUUGACUAAAGAUUUAUGUGCGCGUUGUGCAUGCUCUCCAGAAAAUAAACGGGGCACGCGAGUGGUGGCCGGAUUGCUUCCCCAUGCGCUACGACGCAUGCGCAAAAAAAUAAAAAUAAAAAUAAAAUAAAGAAUGCGUGUUGGCCGUGUGCUACUUUUUGCUAUUGCCUAAUAAAUGGUGCAGCCGAAGCAGCACUUGUUACAAUGGUCGAUGCUAAAUGAGCCUUUUCGCUUACAGCAACAUUUCAUCGUUGGCAAACAGCUCUUGCCAGCCGCGUUUGUUUCCUGCAUGCGCGGUGAGCUUCACUGCCAGAACAUUUGUUCUUGAGAUAAAAGUAAUCUUGUCGUCGAAUGCUUUGUACCAUUUGUUUUUUGUACUGUUGAAUAAAGCGCGUUAAAUGACCACACGUAGUGGGAGCGGUAUAUGUGUAGGAGAUUACGCUUAGAAAUCGCCUAACCGCGGCUCCAACCCAAUGGUAUUCCCGGAGGUGGUAUGACAAUGACCAUCGUUGAUUGUCGAGAAAGGAUAUCGUAACAUGAACCUCAAGAUCUGGCGGUGACGCGUACAGUGCGUCUAGGAAGCAAACUCUUCCGGCAAGAAGUGCUUGCAACCGAUAAAUCGCUGCUGUAAGCGACAAAAUGCUUAUUCAGCAUUAACCACUGUAAGAA